AGGAGGUUAAAGGUAUUCUGUGGUCAUGGGGAAUACGGAAAGCAACGUGACCAGCGGCGUCAAGAAGCAAGCGGGAGUCUCCACCCAAGCCCUAUACAAAUUUGUCAAUCUCAAGGGCGGAGGCCUUCUCGUGGACAUGAUGAAGCGCGCCUGCCAGACAAAACAGUUCGCCGAAAUCGACCACGCCAUCAAGACCAAGGUCGAACCCUUUCUCUACAACAAGGGUGCAGGACGGUACUUCCCCAUUUCGAAACUGGUGCUGCUGCGAAAUCGAGACCGCCCAAGGACGCGCCAGCUGCCCGAAAUCCGCUCCCUGGAGAACCCCGACGACGACUUCAACAUCCACGACUACUGUCCCGAGGUAUCGGAGGCCGAGUACAUCUCCAACCCGACUGCCUACCGAUUCGUGUGCUGGGAUCUGAAUGAGCGUGGAGCCGUGGGCGAGACCAUCCUCCAUUUGUGCCUGCUCAACGCCUCCUCGCUGCACGCGGACCUGGCCAAGCGGCUGCUCAAGUUCUACCCAAAGCUGAUCCUGGACAUCUACAUGAGCGACGAGUACUACGGGGAGAGCGUCCUGCACAUAGCCAUAGUGAACGAAGAUCCGGCAAUGGUAAAGUAUCUGCUGGAUGCCAAUGCCGAUGUCCAGGAGCGUUGCUGCGGGGCCUUCAUGUCGGCGGAGGACACAAAGUUCUCGCGCACGGAUUCGCCAGAUCACGAGUUCGUGGCUCUGUGCCCCAUCACCAAUUACGACGGCUAUGUCUACUGGGGCGAGUAUCCUUUGAGCUUUGCAGCUUGCCUGUCGCAGGAGGAGUGCUUCCGUCUGGUAUUGGCCCGAGGAGCGGACCCCGACUUCCAGGACACCAAUGGCAAUACCGUGCUCCACAUGCUCGUCAUCUACGAGAAAAUGGAAAUGUUCGAUGUGGGCUACGAGGUGGGCUCCAAUAUCCACGUGAAAAACAUUCAGAACCUAACCCCACUCACGCUGGCCGCCAAGCUGGGACGCGUGGAGAUGUUCUUCCAUGUGAUGAGCAUCGAGAGGGAGAUAUACUGGCAGCUGGGCAGCAUCACCUGUGCCGCGUACCCCCUGCUCAUGAUCGACACGAUCAACGAGCAGACUGGGAACAUCAAUAAGGACAGCGUGCUGAAUUUCGUCGUAUUUGGGGAUAAGUUGGAGCAUCUGGAGCUGUUGGAUGGCGUGGUCAUAGACCUCCUGAAGACCAAAUGGGACACAUUCUGCAAGUCCCGAUUCUAUAAGCAGUUCUACAUGUUCGCGUUCUACUUUCUGAUCUCGCUUUUCAGCUUUAUACUGCGCCCAGGCCCGGAUGCCAAGAGCGAGGAUGAAGAAAAUUCGAACAGCACUUUAGAUCUCUACAGAAACGAGAGCUCUGAUGUUCAUCAUCAACAGAGCAAGAGGGGCUCUUCCCCGAGCACCGAAUACAAAACCUUCUGGUUGAACUUCACGGAGUAUUACGACCCCAAUGAGGUGGAAGUCUUGCCCGCCUGGUGGGAGAGCUAUGCCCAGUGUCCGCUUAUGAAUCUCGAGUCCGAUCUGGCCAAGCUACGCAUCAUGGCCGAGAUGCUCAACUUUGUGGGCGCCAUCCUGUAUCUGCUCGUGGCUCUCAGGGAGGCUAGAUUUCUAGGCUAUAAAAUGUUUGUUGAAAACUUGAUGACGGCUCCCUCGAGAGUCAUGUUCUUGUUCUCUUGUGCCUUGAUGAUGACCAUACCCUGGCUGAGGGUCUCCUGCCUUACCGAGAUCGACGACCACGUCACGGUUUUUAUAAUGUUGACCACAGCUCCGUACUUUCUGUUUUUCUGUCGUGGCUUCAAGACCGUUGGUCCUUUCGUGGUGAUGAUAUAUCGCAUGGUGAUGGGCGAUCUGCUCCGCUUUGUCUCCAUCUAUUUGGUGUUUGUGCUGGGCUUCUCCCAGGCCUUCUACAUCAUCUUCCUCACCUUUGAUAAUCCCUCGACGCCAGAAGACCAGGAUGCAGAGUCCAAUCCCAUGCCCUCGCCGAUGGAGUCCAUUGUGGCCAUGUUCCUGAUGUCGCUGACCAACUUCGGGGACUACUACGGGGCUAUGGUGUCCACACAGCACGAGUACGAGGCGAAGAUUCUGUUCUUCCUGUUCAUGGUGAUUGUGAGUGUGCUGCUGGUGAACAUGUUGAUCGCGAUGAUGGGCAAUACCUACCAGAAGAUAGCCGAGAUUCGCAACGAGUGGCAGCGGCAGUGGGCCCGGAUUGUCCUUGUCGUGGAGCGGAGCGUCCCGCCAGCGGAGCGUCUCAAGAACUUUAUGCACUACAGUCAGCCCAUGUCGGAUGGCCGAAGAGCCCUGGUCCUGCGCCUCAAUAUGACCGACGAGGAGAAGGAGGAGAUGAAGGAGGUCCAGGAAAUGAAGCGCAUUCAUCAUCGUUUCUCCAAUAAGCGGCAAAUGGAGCGGGAGGCACGAGCGCGUCGCCGCCAGCAGGAGUACGAGAAGUUCUUUGGCACCGCCCGCAAGUCGGAGAGUUCUGACAACAACAACUUCUGAGGCUCGACCCCCCGCAGCACUUAAUUAGUUCAAGUUUUAUUGAGCCUUGUUGAAAUCUGUUCGAUUUGUGCAAUAAACUGAGAGUCGACAU